CUAAUUGAAAGCUAAAGAUACACAAGAGGGAGGGAGAGAGAGAGAGAGAGAGAGAGUUGGAAGAAAGGAGCGACCUGAGAAAUUGGGGAAAACUCUUGUUGAUACUGGAAUUGAAGCUUCUUCUAUCUGGAAACACGUGUGAAAGCGGUGGUGGUUGGAGAUGGUAGUGAUGGUCGUCGUGCUAGUUCGGGCACUUAACGUUUCCAAGGGAGAUGACAAAAGGGCAUAAUCUGGGACAAAGCCACAUUAAUCUUUUUGUGGUUUCCUUUAAAUAGGCAAAAACAUUCAUCAAUGACAAACAAAUCUUAGCUUUGUUUAAAUAUAUAUCAGUUGGGAUUUGACACUGGCUGAGAGACCAUGGAUUCGAAUUUGAGUUUUGAUGGCCUAAUGGAGUAUAGUCAUGACUAUAGGGACGACAUGAUGGAGAGUCCCGAAAGAGAGAACCUUCUCAGCCAUGAGAAAGAGCACAAAGUCAUCUCCGAAACAUCCCUGCACAGUUGUGUGACAGACCCCAUAGCGAGUUCAAAUUUGUUCCACUUGGACUUUGUUGUUGAGGUUUCAGAUAGGAUAGCUCCACAAUAUGAACUUCCAGAAAUGAAGCACAAGGCUGAGCUAUUGAGGAAGAGAGUCAUGGAUUGCAGGCGUAGGAAGGACUUAUUACACCUCCUCUUGUCUUACCCUAUGAAACCAGAAGCAGAACAGCCUGACUUUUUUCUGCUAUCGAAAAACUUCACCAGUAUAAAUCAGAGUUGUGAAAGACUGGAUGAGAUUGUGGAGUUAAGUAUGACUCCUAGUACUCACUUACAUGAGAAACUGGAGUCAGUGGCAAAGGAUGUUGACAACUUUGAAUACUGUCUGGAUAAGUACGGUUUUCACAUGAAUCUCUAUCAUGCAAGUUUAAGACUGCUUUCAACAAGUGGACUAAAAGAAGCGCUUGCCUUGGUAUGCGAGGCAGAAGAGCGGCGCCGUUGGAUAAUAGAUUCUGCUGUUCGCCAGAUUACAUGCUGCAUUAAGGGUGGCAAACUUUCAGCUAUAGGGAUUUCUUGCUAUGCGGGGAUAGCAAAUGCAGGGAUUCUAACAAAAGCCUUGGAAGAUCUACCAGAGAUUAAAAGCAUGUUCGGAGCCAUCAUCAGAGCAACUGUGUUGCCAUGUCACAAUGUCCGUGAGGUCCAAACCAGCAUUGCACAAGAGAUAAAUAGACUUGUAGGAACUGACCUUUCACUACCACUCACACCCUAUAAGUUCUUACUGUUUCUGCAUUCCAGCAAUGAGAAGAUAGAUCUACGUGACUUCAAAGUCCCCGAGGAUGGGUUUGUAGUGCUUACAGCUCCAGGCAGUAACGUUUAUCAGACGAUGCCAGUGGAUCUUGAGAUCAAGAUGGAGGAUCAUCUGCUGCCUUGGAAGUUGUUCUGGGUAAAUGUACACUAUUUUGAUUCUUUCCGAGAAAUCGCCCUCCAAUUGAUUGAAGCAUGUCACGGCCAUUUACUUGCCAUCGUUCUACUUGCAAGGGCCUUAAAAUCUGUCACUGAUCUGGUGGUUUGGAAACUCGCGCUUGAGGAAUUAACAUCGUCAUCUGAGCUCCCUUCUCCAAUGGAAGAUACAAGUGAAAAUGUCAUGGUUCGUGUACUGAAGUUUGUUUGGGAACACAAGAGCACUGUCACUAGACAUUGCAUAAGAAACUGUGCUUCAGUUAUGACAAAGGGUGGAAAGCACAGUAUGUCAUCAUUAGUAUCCUCUUGGAUCCGUAAUGAUUUGAUAGAAACAGAAGAAGAAGGAGAACAUGUUCUCCGAGAUCUUAUGGAUUCCUUCUUGUUAGAGGAAGUUGGCUACAAUUAUACUCAUAUGAGAGGAGAAACCAGAGACAUUCUAUUCAAACACUUCAUUCCUCAUUUAUGUCCUCUUCACGUUUGGAAAGAGGGUUCGGGGUUAUCAGAAGCACCAGAGGUUGCAGAGUGGGACGCAAAGGUGAUAAAAUUGAACAACAACGAGCUGUCCGAACUACCAGAGAGACCAAACUGUGCUGUUCUAGUUAAAUUGUUUCUGCAAAAUAACAAUGAUCUUAUGGAAAUUCCUCAGCUUUUCUUUGAUUGCAUGCCUAAGCUUCAAUUUCUAGAUUUAUCGUAUACGAGCAUAAAGUCUUUGCCACCAUCCAUUUCAAGGUUGGUUUCACUUCAGGAAUUCCUUUUGAGAGGCUGUGAACUCCUCAUGGAGCUGCCACCCGAGAUUGGGGAACUCUCAAAUCUGCAAGUUUUUGAUCUUGAAGGAACUGAGAUUAUCAAUCUGCCCCAUGAAAUGGGAAACCUUACUAAGCUGGAAUGCUUCAAAGUAUCCUUCUAUGGUUAUGGAAACAGCUUUAGAGAAAGUAAAAGAAUAAAGAAAAGGAUACCGAUGGGGUUUUUAACCCGCCUUGAAUCCUUGAAAGAAUUAAGCAUUGAUGUGAAUCCAGAUGACGAAGAGUGGCUUGCCGAUGUUGCUGAUUUUAUACUUGAGCUGCAGGAAUUGAGAGGGUUGGUGACUCUAAAGUUGUAUUUGCCUGAAAUUGUGCUGUUGGAGGCAAUUAAGUAUGUACCGAAUUGCAAAAUUACAGCCGGUCUCCACAAGCAGCGUGUCAUAUCUUGUCUACCACAUGCGGUGCAAGAAGAGUUUGAGAAACAGAAAAAUUACCUCAAAUAUGCAAAUGGCAAGUACGUACCUACUGAGAUUCAGAACACACUCAAACGUACCGAUGCUUUUUUCUUAGAUCGUCAUUGGACUGUGAAGAAGCUAUCUGAAUUUGGAACUGAAAAUAUGGUUGACCUGAAAUUUUGCUUGUUAGUGGAAUGCAAUGAGCUUCAGACCAUUAUAGAUGGUAGAGAGCCAUGUGAGGAUGGAGAACACUAUUGUGGUUCAGGUGUUGCCGAGAGACCGGUACUGGAAUCACUAGAAUAUUUGGGUGUUUAUUGCAUGAUGAAUUUGAGGAGUAUCUGGCAAGGUCCAAUCCGAAAGGGCUUUCUAGCCAAAUUGAAGUCCUUGGCCUUGCACAAUUGUCCCAAUUUGACAACCAUAUUCACGACAAGCUUGCUUGCUAAUCUGAUGGACUUGGAAGAGCUUACAAUUGAAGACUGCCCCAAGAUCAACAGCUUAGUAACUCCGGAAUCAUCCAGCUUUGAAUCAAGUCUGUUUCUCCCGCGCUUGAAGAAGAUAUUGCUUCUUGACCUACCGGAAUUGGGUAGCAUUGCCAGCGGACUAUUUAUUGCACCGAUGUUGGAAAAAAUUAUCAUCUAUGAUUGUCCAAUGCUUGUAACUCUUUCUCCCGCUGAAUUCUCCAGUAGCAAUUUAAAAAUGAUCAAAGGGGAGAUUGAAUGGUGGGAAGCAUUAACGUGGCCAGAAUCCAAGUGGAGUAGCGAACGUAAAGAUCUUAUGGCUAGUGUCUUUGUCGAAUUAAAAAGGGAUGCAAGUUUGAUGGAUCAACUAGCAGAUAAUGGAAUUUCACCGUAAGGAAAGAUUUGCAGCUGUCUUAGCAGCCAGGUCGUGACAGCCGAUGAAGCCGAGCUUGGAAAUUUUGGCUACCAAUGGCAAUAGCCACAACUGAUAAGGUCUCUUUAUCCAGAGCUGCUAGGAUCAUAGCUUCAGCUGAUUUUCUGACUCUGAAUGUCCAUUUGAGUACCUUCAGGUUGCUCGUUUUCCAUCACCAAAGAGAAAAUAAAUGUUGGGUGUGCUUCUUGUUUUUUGGUCUGAACUAAGAAUUGAUUUAUCCUUGAUGUGGCUUGUUGUCAUUCUUAUUAGUACUAUAUUUUCUAACCAAGUGUCCGGACGAGUUUACACACAUCUCAGCUAAUCCUGGGGCGUGUAGCUAAUGAUCAGGCAAACCUUCAGUGUGAUCUAUGUACUAAAUAUUUAUUACUCUACUGUCGUACUAAUGCUACGACUACUUUUGUAUGUGCUUCAUGGGUUGGGGAUGCAUAUGUUUGUGUGCUUAUAAUUCUGUCAUUCACGCAGUCAAUCCCAAGCCCGGAGAAACAAGUAGAUCCCAAGAUAUAUGUCUAUGUUGUUUGUAGUCUUCUUUGGAACUUUUCUUUAAUUUUCAACUGUAAACUUUGUUCGUUCCUAGAUACUUUUAAUGAACUUUGUUUCUUCCUAGAA